AUGUCCAACGGCAGUUUCGUCCCUGAAGACUUCUUCUUGGAAGACCUGGAAAAGGUCCUCACAACGAUCCUCUCAGAUCUGGUUGAUAUUGCCAACAAUGGACCCCUUUCUUUCCGCUUCACCAAGGACGAUAGCACACAGUUUCGGUGGUCCACCUCAAAAGGAAAAUUUCUUUCUCCUCACCACACCCUCCCAACCUUGACCGCGAGUUUGUUUCCUCUCUCUUUAGAGAGGGCCUCAUCCUCUGCACACUCGGCCUCUCUAUCCACGAUAUGCCCGAGCAUAAGAACGCCGACGCCCAACGAUAUUCUGAGGUCCAAGCGAUGGUCUGAGGAACAGGAGACCAAUAGGACAGCCCACCAAAUUAUCAACAUAUGCCAUGACUCUCUCACUCGCGCUCACCGAGGCCAAGAUGACGAUGCCACCUUGCACCAAGCCUACGACCUCACAUACUACAAGGAGGCCCUUGACCAAGUUUGCGAGCUGCUCCAAGACGCCAAUGCUUGCGUCGAGCAGGUUGUCGAAGCUACUUCGCUCGAGACGACUGAGUGGAGGCACAUUAGGGAUGCCGUUGCCCGAGUCCGAGAUGCAUUCCCAUUUCUGCAAGAAAUCGCUCUUGUCCGCCUUCAAAACAUGAGACGUAGAGUGGAGCGAGGUGUCAUACUCCUCUCAGCAGCGGAGGACCAACAGGCCAAGCUCAAGCGAGAGAUUGACCAAACAAUUGCCGACGGAUGGAUGCUUGACAAUUUCUACCUCCACUUCCCAUCACUCGAAGACCUCAGAGAGCAGUGUGGAUCUACUCUUUCAUGGCUUUCGGAAGAACACAAGACCAUCAGGGACGUCAUCAUCGCGCAAACCCUGGAGUUCUACAUGCUCCGUAAGAUAGACAGGCAUUGUGAAGGGAGCGCUUGGGGGCAGGAUAUCAUCUGA